GAAGCAUUCCCGAUCACAGCUGUUCCGGCUAGGAAGCACCUUCAAGUAUCGGUAACUAGUGCCAUCAUGCAUAUGUUCAUUGGUUUGAUCAAAAUCACUUGCCACAGGGGACGCACUGAGUAUGAAGCAGUUCACAAGGAUGGUGCACGUUUAUCGCGAAGAGCAACAGCGACAUUUGAAAGAAGGCCGAGCCAACGAUAUGGACCUCGACAAAGCCAUGCUCAGCAGCGUAAAUCAGAUCCUUCCAGAGAAGCACCUGUUACAACAAAGCCUCGGAGCUCAUCCGUUGCCGUGGCAGAACAGUUAGUCAGCCAUCUUACAGUAGGAGAUGAAUUAAACCAUCCUAAAGCAGCAACGAUCGUAACAGCUCCUCCAACUCCGGUGGUUACGACUCCAGUAGCAGCAUCACGAAUUACUCAGCCUUCGCUUUACACAAAUCCCUUCUCCAUCGACAACAAAAUUACACCCACUACACCGGCUCAACCCCAACCACUGCCAACUACAGCACUACCUUCUCAGCAUAUCACAAUGAUUCCGAUCUCAGCGGUGAAAGAGAAGAGCUCUUCCCCCAUGGAAGAGAAAUUUUGCUCAUUCUCUGAUGCUUCCUCGGAACAGCCGACUUCACGCUCUUCGAGCAGAAUUCCCAAAUAUGUGUUGACGUCGAUGGAAAAGGAGCAAGUAAACGAGUCUGCCUCGAAAGUCUCAUCUCCUACAGCUGUUUCUCCUACGUCUGCCAAACCCACAAAUCCCGCAGAUCUUGUGACAGAUCUUGAAAAUGAGCAAGUAAACGAGUCUGCCUCGAAAGUCUCAUCUCCUACAGCUGCUUCUCCGUCUGCCAAACCCACAAAUCCCGCAAAUCUUGUGACAGAUCUUGAAAAUGUUUCACCUACAUCCCUUCCUCCCUCUAACACGAAAUUGAAGCCUAACACUGGCAUUCCGAAGCCUUCAAAGUUACGCCCUCCCAGCACAAGGUACAAACCAGCCGACACUAACAUUCACCAGGAAGAGCCUCGGAUAUCUCGAAUACCAAAGAUGUCAGAUGGGUCCAGUCUACGAGCAACAAACAACGGGUUAAGGUCCACUCCGCGUUAA